AUGGAACAAGAGAGUUCUAUUUGUGGUAAGGGCGGAAAUAGUAGUGAAAGCGAGGGUUCUUCCAUAAAAACAACUAUCACGAAUGAGAAUUUAACUAAAAGAGAGGAUUCUAAAGAUCUCGAUGAAACUCAAAAAUACAAGCAUUUAUGGAUUGAAUGCGAAAAUUGUUAUGGAUUAAAUUAUAGGAAAUUUUUUAAAUCAAAAAUGAAUAUUUGUGAACACUGUGGAUAUCAUUUGAAAAUGAGCAGUUCAGAUAGAAUCGAACUUUCGAUUGAUCCAGGUACAUGGAAUCCUAUGGAUGAAGACAUGGUCUCUAUGGAUCCCAUUGAAUUUCAUUCGGAAGAGGAAUCCGAAUCCUAUAAGAAUCGUAUGGACUCUUAUCAAAGAAAGACAGGAUUAACUGAGACUGUUCAAACAGGCACAGGUCAACUAAACGGGAUUCCUGUAGCAAUUGGGAUCAUGGAUUUUCAGUUCAUGGGGGGUAGUAUGGGAUCUGUAGUAGGCGAGAAAAUAACCCGUUUGGUCGAACAUGCUGGCAAUCAACUUUUACCUCUUAUUCUAGUAUGUGCGUCCGGAGGAGCACGUAUGCAAGAAGGAAGUCUGAGCUUGAUGCAAAUGGCUAAAAUAUCUUCUGCUUUAUAUGAGUAUCAAAAAAAUAAAAGGUUAUUCUAUGUAUCCAUCCUUACAUCUCCUACUACUGGUGGGGUGACCAGUUUCGGCAUGUUGGGCGAUAUCAUUAUUGCCGAACCCGAUGCUUACAUUGCAUUUGCUGGUAAAAGAGUAAUUAAACAAACGUUGAAUACGACAAUACCCGAAGGUUCACAAGUAGCUGAAUAUUUAUUCCAAAAGGGCUUAUUUGAUUCAAUCGUACCGCGUAAUCCUUUAAAAGGGGUUUUAAGUGAGUUAUUUCAGCUCCAUGCUUUCUUCCCUUUGUGAAAAAUUUAGCAGAACUUAAAAGAUUUUUUUUCUUUUUCCAAAUAAAAAAAUUUAAAAGUGUAUUAUCAUACCUAUGUUCCUUGCGGAAAUAGAAGGCGAAAUCAAUCCAUUUUUUUAGUUCUACGUUUUACAUUCAUUCUUUCUA